CAUCGGGAUCGGAUACAGGACGUUGACGUUUGUAAACUAAUAUUGCUUGCCGUCUAUAGUUCUGGUUGAAAUGUUAAUUUUAUGUCCUUGAUUGGUGUUUAACUCUGUAAUAGUUCAAAUUCAUACUUCUCAACAGUUUAAGUCUAUUACCCAGCUAUUUGUGUUUGUGUUAGCUUUUCAUUCUCAGUGUGUGUAGCCUACCUAACAGCGUUCUCCUCGUAGUGAAUGUAUCUGUGCUUUAUAAGAAAACCUAGCCUACCGUAUAGCUUUAAAGUUGUAUUUUAAUUUCUGCAUAUUUGACAUUUCUCUUUGAGCAUUCUAGUUCUAACUUAUGCCUGCUUUACGGCAACUAGCUUUAAGGUAAUCUGAGCUUGGCUAAUCAUAGGCUAGACAUUCUUAUUAGCCUCCCAGGGCUAAGUUACAAUAGUUCCUGAGAAGUACUACGGAAUAAAGAAGAAUUGGCUGGAAAUGUUAUUUUGAAUAUUAACUGGUAGCCUUUGGCUACAUUUUUAUCAGGCUAAAAGAAAAUUCAUGAAUAAGAGAUAAAUGAAGAUACACAGAACUCCGAAUCACAACCCAUGUAUGAUCUUUUGGAAUGUUCAAUUAAUCGAGCAAUGGAGACUGAGUCUGUUAAAUCUGCUCUGAGUGAACAAAGCUCAAGAUCAAAAAAGUCUCGAUCACAUGGUCAUCGUUCUAGUCACCGCAGUCAUUCACAUAGAAGCAACAGAACAAACAAAGGUCAACGCAAAGGUGAUAUAAUGGCCCCAUUUCAAACGUCUGUUACUUUGGCUGAUGAAAAUCGAGAUGGGCAAGAAGUGAUAGAAGUGCAAAUCCUACCGCAGGAUGAGAAUUGGGGUGAGAACACUACGGCUGUGACAGGCAACACGUCUGAACAGUCAGGGUCAGUAGACGACGUGAGUCUGUGGCCCUCCGACCCCGACACUGGUUUGACGUUCUUGUGUCAUCGCUACGUCGGGUCUGUGCUUACAGUAGUGCUGUCUGUGGCAGCGUUCCUCACACCCCUCGCCAUGGUCGUGCUGCCAAAACUUGGGUUUUUUCCAUCGAUGGCGCCGAGCCUGACCUUAGCACAGCGCCAGCAGCUACUAGCAUGUGGCGCCGAGUGCAAGGGUCUGCUGGUGUCUCUGGUGUUCAAGCUGGUGCUGCUGGCGGCCGGUGCCUGGGGAGUGUUCCUACGCCGUCCACGAGCCACUAUGCCACGAAUAUUCCUCUUCAGAGCCACUGUUCUUCUACUAGUCACCGUCUGCAUCUUCUCAUACUGGCUCUUCUACGUUGUGCAGAUCACUGAAGGUGCCAGAGCCUCUGUAACGGGCGAGGAUGUGUUGGAGUACAGAGCGUUGGUAGCUUACGCCUCCAGUCUGACUGACACUCUGUUGUUUAUACACUACCUAGCUGUGGUGUUGAUAGAGAUUAGACACUUACAACCUACGUACUACAUCAAGGUUGUCAGAAGUCCUGAUGGAGAAAGUCGAGCAUAUGCCAUUGGUCAGCUGAGCAUACAGCGAGCUGCAGUCUGGGUUUUGGAGAGGUACUACACAGAGUUUCCUAUCUACAACCCUUACCUGGAGAGGAUACCUGUGUCAAAGAGUCGCAAACAGUCCAGCUUCAAGUUCUACGACGUCGACGGGAUGAACAACUCUUCAAUACCUCACAGCCAGUCCCGUGCGAUGUUGACGGCUCAUGCGCGACGCCGUGACUCUAGUCACAAUGAGAGGUUCUACGAGGAACACGACUACGAGCGGAGAGUUAAGAAGCGCAGAGCUCGUCUCAUCACGGCCGCUGAGGAAGCGUUCACUCACAUCAAGCGAUUACACAAUGAGCCAGUCCCAGCGAUUCCAAUGGACCCUCAUGAGGCAGCGCAAGCAGUGUUCCCGUCGCUGGCGCGAGCUCUACAGAAGUACCUGCGGGUGACCAGACAACAGCCGCGCCACACGGUGGAGUCUAUCCUGUCGCAUCUGGCGUCGUGUUUGUCUCACGACUUGUCUCCGCACGCUUUCCUGGAGCCGUUCCUAGUACCUGCUCCUGUACUGCAGAAUGAAAAGGAGCAGAAGAGUGUCCAGUCGUGGUCGCUGAUCUGUGACGAGCUGCUGUCUCGGCCGCUGGGACCCAACACUGUGUUUCAGCUGCGGCAGAACGACAUCUCGCUGCUGUGUCAGGUGAGGGAACUGCCACACUUCCACUUGUCGGAAGAGGUCGUUGACCCAAAGUCCAACAAGUUUGUGUUGCGGCUCAACUCCGAGACGUCCGUCUGACCUCACGCUCGCGGGGGUGAUGUCUCUAUAGACAUGACACCCCACUACUUCUAGCCACCACUACACCACAGUACUGAAUGGGUACCAUGAGACAACAGUACUCCUAGCCAUCAUCACACCCUAGUUCUAAAUAGACACCAUGACGGCCCACUUAUUUCUGUACACCAGCACAUCCCUGUAAGUCUAGCUACCGGUAACAUGUUUUGGAUCAACUUUUAUUUUCUUAGCAUAGUAGUUAUUUUUAUUUUUAACUAUUUGAUAAAGUCAACUUUAGUUUAGGAAUUCGAAAAGGAUCAUUUUGGUUCCUUUGAUGUAAUUUUGUUGUUGGCAGGACAUUUGGAAUACAUAGUAUGGACCAAUAUUACCUAUAUUUUCCAUAUUAUCAGGUGAUUUUACAAAUUUCCCUAAAAAUCAUAAUUAUAUGUACGUGGUUAGUUGUUGUUUUAUUGUAUGUAGGUAAUGCACAAAAAUAGAUAAUAUUCCACAAUUAGUUAUCAGUUUUUAUUUUUACCAAAUUGAGUAUUGUGUGGUAUAAUUUUUUUUUCAAAAUACAUUAAUGCCAAUUUAUGUGAAUGUAGCUGUUGCUUGCACUGGUUGUUUGUCAACAAUUUUGGAAUUUUUGAAAUUUCUUUAUUUGACACUUCAACAAAGUCUUGUGUGAAAUAUUUAACAUAAUCAAAUAUAUCUCAAGGCCACUGAAAAGCUAUUCAAAAAGCUAUUGUUUAUUUUAGUACACGAUUUGAAUUUAUCAUAAGUUUUAGAUUUCCCCGGUGCUUUCUCAGUGAAUCAUAACUGUGUGUCCUUAUAAUUUAAGCAAACCUGUUUUAUAAGCUGUGCAAUCAAAUUUAUAUGUGUCAAUUGUUUGACCUUUGCAUGUUGUAUUGAACAAACCGUAAAGAUAUUCAAUGAAAUACUCAAUAUUUUGUAACUGUUGUAAGUAAGAGCGUAAACUGUAGUUGGUCUAGACUCUAGGAAAUUGACAUAGCAUAGAUAUUCUGUAGAUAAGUAUAUUUGACACUACUGUUUUUCUGUAGUUGGUUUACUCUUUUGCAAAGUGGGAAUUUAAAUUUGUUUGCAUAAAGCAAGUAUGCGGUAAAUAAAUUUGUUAUGCAGUUUCAAACAAACAUUAUUUAAGUAGAAUGUACUUCCUACAUUUAUUUUGACACACCAACAGUGAAAUAAAGUCUGCUUUAAUAAAAAUAAUUUUUUGUAAUAUUUUACUAAAACAUUCUCUGUACCACAAACACCACAAGUAGGAUACUUGUAUACUGUAUACUACUUUCAUUUGAAUAUGAAUUCCUUGGAACUUAGAGUUAGACUGGGACUGUGGCAUUUUCCUGUAAUCCAGCUACUCGGAGGUCAAGAAUUGUGGAUAUUUAUAGGCAUGCACUGUGGAUGCGAUGCUCCCUCGUGUGGAUUAAUGUCCGCACUAGUGAGUACUACGACUAUCCACAGUACUAUUCUGAUAAUUAGACCAAUUCGUUAAUUGCAAGGGAAAAAUGUGGUUCGGAUUCCGUUACCAUUGGCUGUAUCUGCUAUUGAUAAACAGCUGUGUCUAAGGAACGUGUCGGCCUUUGUCACUAACAAGUUUACAAGAUCGCGCCACUCAUCCUACACACAUCCUUCACUCAUAUUUGGGUUUAAAUAGGCACAUAGUGGCGUCCCCAUCUUAAAUAAUUGAUAUAAUUUAAUUGAUAUAGGAGUAAAGUUAUCGUUAUGCAGAUAUAAAUUCUUAUCUCUAAAUGUUAGCUUUCCUAUAUUGUGAAUUUACCACCAGAAUGAAUAUCUUCAUUUGCUGUUGGUUUUGGACAAAGAUUCAUUUGGUAAAUGAGAGGUGUUAGAUAAAUGUAAUCCAUUGUAUAAGUAUUGAAAACUAAACACACUUUAAGAUGUAAAAUUUAGAAAUACAUAAUUCCCACUUAGCAAAUUAUUCCUCUUAGCAAACAUUUCAACGUCUUAAAAGAUGUUAUCAAAAUACUCUACCUGUACCUAGCUAUUCUAUACACAUAAACUGUAUACUAUUGUGUUACAACUUUUUACAAGGUAUAAUAUUAUUUAGUAUUCCUUAAUUUUAUCUCUAUCAAGACUGAAAUCGUUUUAUACAUCACAUUUAUGAUAUUUUUUUAAGCAAUUGAUUUGCAUCUUCGUUUUUGGAAUUUGCAAGUUAUACAAGAACUUUUCUAUAAUUAACUUUUUUUCAUUAGUAAUUGCUACUAACAGUAUUAUGGGGUUUUAAAGUAUUAUUUUUUAUACGUGUGUUUAAAAUCAAGAAUUUGUUCCGAGUGUAUGUGUGUUGCAAGUUCUACUAAUUCUUGACUGUUUCUAAUUACUACAUAGAAAUUUCAAUAGGAUAUUAUUGUUAAAAUGACCAACUGAACUAGUAGUUAUAGCAUAGCCAACAAUUAUCUCAAAAUUAAAAUGCAAACUCUUUAAGUGUUGACUCAAUAAAAGUUGUAGAAUGAUUUAGUAUUAUUUGUUUUUAACUAUUUAGUAUUUACAUACUUUUAACUACAGUCUAUGUACUCAGGCACAAUGUAUUGUUUAGCUUAGGCUGUAAAUUAGUAAGUUAUAUCCAAUCUUGCUGGCACAAUGAUUGUCACACGUCCAUGCACAAAUUGUCAAAUGUAUUUCUUUUACUUAAGAAUGUAACAAAUUGGUUUAGUUUUUUAAAUGUAUUGCAUAUCAGCUCACAAACAAGUAUUACUUUGUCUAGUAAAACAGUGUACUUACCAAAACUAGAAUUUUAGUAGCAUAGUUAAAGGUUGAAACUCAAAUGUUUAGGAAAUUGUAAAUAACUUAGAAAUUAGUGAACAUUGGUUAGAUCAAAUUCACAUUUAAUUUUUUCCUCUUCAUUUUUUACUAUGCAUUCUUUCUAAAUAAAAUGAAAAAAAUAUCUUUCCUACUAUUUUCAAUAACAAUUAGGAUGAGUAUAAAGAUUAUUUAAUAUUUUUGAACUACGUUUUACACAUUAUGUUUUACGGUUUUUUUGUACAUUUAAUUAUUUAAUCGUAUUACAAAUUUAAACUGAAUUGUGAAUACGACAGGUAAUAAAUUUAAUAAUUUUUGUAUAUAAAAUACAGUUCAUAUCAUAGAAUUGUAAAUAUGUCUUAAAUAUGUACUUAACAUAUCACUAUUCUAUGUAAAAUAAUAUUCGCCUCCUGUGGUUGAAAUGCCUUUGACUGUUGUGUAAGUGUUAGCAAUAACAUACAGAUAUGAAAUAUUUUUGGCUUUAUUACGUAACUUGUCAAAUAGAAUAAAAUAUUAUAUUAAAAGCUUAUUAAAUUUAUUGUAAACAUUGAUAUAUUUGUUGCAAUGUUUAUUGAGUCUAUUGCAAGAUUACUGCGUACUUAUCGCUUCUUAACUUGUAAAGUACAAAUAAGUUUUGUGAGUCUAACAUAGUGUGCUGUGUGUUAUGAAUUAUGUAAUACGUAGUGUACAGUUUUUCUGACUUUAAAGUGUGAAAUACGUAAUUCUAAUAUCAGUGAACUCAACAAGAUUCAACAUGCCAAAAGUAAUUUAUAAAAUUGUACGAAAGAUAUUUAAAGUUUGAUACAAAUAUUUCUCUAAUCUACAUUUUUAAUACCCAAGGUUUUUCAGCCUGAAUAAAUUAGCUCCGUCCCUACUUAUUUCACAAGGGAGAAGAAUAUUUUUAAAUUCCUGAUUAAAAUCCAGUGAUAAUUGAUAACCUCAUAAUUUACCUCAGAAGAAUGACUCUAGGAAAUGUUGUAUACCAUUUGAUACUCGUGGUUUUCAAAUAAACAUUUACAUUUACAUUUAAUAAACAGAUUUGGGUUUAUUUAAAGGAUCUGAUUAUUAAAUUAUUCCCUGCCAUUAUACAUAUAGUAUAAAAAAAUAAUUGAAAAAGAGGUCCUUAAUUUUAAUCAUAGGAAACUAAACUGUGUUCUUUAAACUAAACUACUAUAUAGAUUUUAAUUUGUGUCCAGUAACAUUUCCAAGUUUGUUAUGCAUCAUGUGUAGGUAAUUUCUUCUUCCAAAUAUUAGGUUUUGGUAACGGUACUUUAUUGUUGACAAAAUCUGCAGUUGUUAGGAAAAACAUGCUAUUAUUCAUUCCAAAUAAGUAAACUAGAUUAGUUCAGGUAAUUUCUAACAGUUUUUAUUGAUUAAAAUUAGAGACAUCUUUUAAAUGCUACUCAAUGCAUGACACAAUUUUUACACAGAUAACCUUCAAUAAUACAAAAAAUUAUUAAAAAAUAAAAUAAUUAAAAGAACAUUAUUUUUCAAAUUUACAAGGUAUUUGAAUACAUUUUAUGUUUGAGUUCUUGAAGAGCAAAAUCUUACGUUUAUGUCUAUGUUUAUGUUCAAAUCUUUAAACAAAAACGUCAAUUUAUUUGUGAUUUGAUUCAAAAAUUAACUUCAAUCAACAGAACUUAAUCAAACAGUAUGUUAUCCAAAACUAGCUAAGAUUAAUAGAACAAGGAAUAUUUAGCAUAAUUGAAACUAUAAAAAUGAUUUAUUGUUUAAUAAAAGAGUAUUUUAAUGACACUAUUUUGGUAGGUUAAAUUCAAUAGGUUUGUGUCAUAUGUAUUAUUGAGAUUGUACUUUAGUUUAUAAGUUUUGUUCACACGUUUUAGUGUGGUUAUAAACUAUUGAUAAAGUCUAAAGCCAAAUACUUAACAGUUUUAGUCCUAAUUCACUUUAUAUAAGUACUAUGUAAAUUGUAUUUUUUGUUAUAGUAUGUGUGUUCUUUUUUAUUUGAUAAUUUAUACAAGUUUUUGUUUAUACAUUUUUUUAUUUGGCAAAUGACAA